AUGGAGCAAGAACUUGUCCGGAGGAAGAAGCCUUCGGCGAAGCGCAAGACCAAGAUAAAGAGCACCGUUCAAGACGUCGUUGACCCCGUUGAGGAAGAGACUGUAACUGCAGACAUUGAAUAUAAAGAUGAUACUAUUCAGGUGGUGCAUGACUUGGAGGCACUACGUCCUGAACAAGUCGAGCCGAAGCAAGCUUACCCUGAUCUGGAGGAAGAUCUAGAGGAUAGUGUGCUCGUACAAGCUACUUCAAGUAAUGUUGUUACUUGGACAGACUUGCGCCGUGACGUGACUGUAUCAGAUGCAUUAUAUCCAACAGCUCCUACUGUUGCUGAAUCAAUCAUCGCAACACCAACUGCACCACCGCUGUUUACUGAAGCUCCUCGAGUUGCUGUAGCUUCACCCAAUGUAAAGUCUCAGAUAAGGUCACUUCCAGAAAAGCUGCUUGAAACCAUUUACAUCAAUCCGCAGCUUGAUCUUCAUUCUCAGGUCGUGGACGAAUUUCGAGGGCAAAGCAGCAACUUGACGAGUGAAUUCGCCUCGCGUGUCAGAGAAUACGAGCAAGCUUUUGUACAGACUCAACGAACCAAACUAAAUCUUCAAGCACUCAAAGCAAAGACAAAGAGUGCUGCUGCACGAAUGUGGACGUUAAAGAAAGAUACUCAUACUUUGGAAGGCACAUGCAGUGAUGGUAUAAGAGUAUCUCAUACAUAUGCCUCAGAAGUCGCUGUAUAUAAUGAAUCCGUAGCUCUUGAAUUGGCUGAUGCUCUCACCGAAGCUCGAGAGGAGCAAUAUGGACGUCUGACAGAUUGGGCAUUUCAGGCCAAAGUAGCAAAACUAUGGAUUCAAAACACUUUAGAUGAGUUCUUGUCUGAAUCAUCCCUCGUGUCUUCCGAUACACUACAUUCUAAUGUAAAUCUGAUACGAAUAUUCACGGAAGGUGCACAUGCAGAUCCUGCUGGUGACUUUAGUCGACUCAAACACUAUUUGGAUGUAUUAUUCUACUUUGAGCGAAGGAAUAAUGGUGUGGUUCCUGCUCGUCCAGACUCACCUGAACCAUCCGAUUCGAAUAAAGAACCGCAUCAGGAUAUGAGUCAUUCGAUACUAGUACGGGAUAUUCGAGGCUGGAUUGCCCAUCUAGUAUCAGCCCUGUUGACUGUCGCCGGACCACUAGAACAUCGAUUCAUCUUACUCCAUGUCAUGCGAUGUGAAGGCAUUGGAUCGUGGGGUGCAUCGUUUAUACAGUGGCCAUUACCUAUACCGUAUACCGAUAGCUACCAAAACCAUUAUCUCGUAGCAUUAAGUGUAUUGUUAGGUCCAGUCGAAGAGUUGGAGGAAGAACUCAAAUCUCGUGAAAACGAUGAUUUGCAAAUUCGUGAAAGCUUGCGAAAGCUUGAAGAUAGUGAUUGGGUCGUCGUUGAUGAAUCAGAAGCUCAUCCAGACUUUCCGAGUAGAGUAAUGGGACCUAUAGCACUGACUGAAGAAGACUAUCUUGUAAUUCUGGAUCAAUUCAACAUAUCUGCGAUAUAUCAGCUCAUGCUACAGCAUUAUGUCAGCUUGUAUAAAGAGUCUCGUGAAGUAUCACAGACGUCUCAAAAUCCAGCACCAUCAACCAAUAAUUAUAACAUACCUCCCAUCCUACAAAUGUUUGCCACAAUUCACCAGUUUCUCGGUAUGGCCAUGCGAGCAUUUACAACCUUCCCACCCAUUCAGUAUCCUCAUGUAAUAAAACGAAUCGGCCAAACACUUGUUGGAGCUGCUCGUCAAACGGGCGAGGCACUGGUAGCUCUACUAGAUCAAAUGGCUUAUGACGAAAUGUAUAGUAAUUCAAGGUCUUUGGAUGAUAUAAUGGUAGUUUCUGGAUAUAUGACGAGCAUCCAAGCUGAAAUGGACUCGUUUGUAGUUCGUACAGCCAAGAAAUUACUAGGUGUGGGAGGUGUAGGAGUCUACCAAUUCCUGUCGUCUCUACCAGUAGACUACUGCUCAACAUCAGCACGAGCCGUAAUAAUAGACGGGCUGCUUAAAGAAGGCUGGGCACGAUAUAGAACGACUGCAGCCUCAUCACGACCUACUGAAGUCCAACACCAAUUGUUGGCUCUAAUAGGAGAAAAUCAAUCUGAACGCAUAUUAUCGUCGUCGCUUAUUGAAAAUCCGAAUGAAUCAGUGCAUCUGCUGACAUUCUUGUGUAUGUUGGCCUGUGCUAAUGGUGAUGGAUUGGCUAGACGUCGAGUAGCGUCUGCACCUACUCCUCAGACGGCUCAGUUAUCGAUAAAAGUCGAGACAGCCAUCUUCAACACAUGUUAUCUGGAUCUUGAGCAUAGGGAUGUGCUGAGUCGGACUGGGCGGGAUUUGCUUGGUACAAUGUGCACAUCUAGUCCGGAGUUAAUGUCGCCAUUACUUAUACUUGUAAGAGAUAAUUUUGGAGAUCUGGGUGUCAUGGCAUUGAAUCUCUUCAAAACUUUGCCUCUAAAGUCGUGGAGGCCAAAUGUGGAAGAUCUGGACAUCCUUCAAAAUAUGCUCAAAGACCCAGUAGGAAGCAAAAAGUUCUUUUUUGCCAAACAUGUACUAGGUGCUCUGAAUUGGGGUACAGAAGACCCUUCAGAUCCUGCUGGAGAGCUAGCAAUACCACGUACAUUACACAGAUUCAUCGCACUAGCUAUAUCAAAUAUUUAUCUCGACCGACAAUCUGUACGUGAUGCUCGCCCAUCAGUAGUAGCUGCCGCAUCUACAGCUGCCAGUGCAACACUCCGAGGUGUUGCUAGUGUAGCGCCAGUACCUUCAUCUAUAGCAUCAUAUGCCGCAGAUCAUGACGCAGACUUUGCUGAAUGGACGUGGAAGCUGUUGGUAGGCUUACAGCUCUACCAACGACCAUCGUCUUCAUCGCCAGACGUAUAUGCUCUCGACAUGUCUAUAAAUACCGCUAAUGCAUCCAUUCGAGCUGGGUUUAGACCUUUUGAACCACUCGAUUCACCAUAUCUGGCUACGCAUCGUGGUGCCAUGAAAUCAUCAGCGCUUGCUGCUUAUAUAGUGCUUGCCGUGUCAGAAGUCGGGCACCGAUGGGAAGUGUUUUCCAACAAUGGUUGGAAUCUGUUGAACACUUUGGCUUCUAGUGGUAGAACAGAGCCUGUGCUUAAAGUUGCAAGUGACUUGUUUGUGACGUUUAUGGCAAGUCGCGGUGAAACUGUUUUGGAAGAUGCCGAGUCGUCUAAAUUCUUCGGCAACUUUUUCAAAAAUUACAAAAUGAAGGGUGAAGUCGGUGAUGCAGAUGCUCGCCAAUUAUUAGAGCACUUUAUAAGAACGAUUGGCCCAAACAAGUCUCUUCCAUACUGGCAAAUAGCAUCUGGUGGUGCUACUGAUCGAUUAUCGCUUACUCGAUUUUGGAUGAGGGCUAUCUUUGCCGAUAGGGAUUGGGUGUAUAAUAGGUCAUCUCUACGUCUGCUAGACAUUCUCUGUGAAUCCGCAUUUGCAUUCAGCCACGACCAAUAUGUACGAGGUGUCUUUGCAGAGGAAUACGGACGUUUGUGUAGCAGUUACUCGACUAUGGCCGGUGCUACUUCUCGAGUCUCUGCAUGGCACCCCGUGGAAUCAGCCAAGGCUCUAGCAGAAGCUGCCGAAGCCGCAUAUCACGGAUAUCCAUCUCUGGUGGUUGGUUCUGGCUCUGGAUCCAUGGUCGAUGGUAUUCUAGGACGAACCAGCUCUGAGCGCAAACAUAUUUGGUUUGCAGUUAUGGGUCUCUUGGUAGAAACUCGGUGUGAAUUUGCUGUUCGUCGAAAGAUUGGUGUUGCAUUACUACAGUGCCGAGAUACGGGCAAUGAGAAACCAUUGUCUGCCUUGUCGAUUUAUAAAUGGGCUCGGCAGGUGCUUGAAACACCGAUAGAACAUCCAGCUACUCCUAUAAUGUGGCAGGUCUUUAUGUCGCUGUAUUUUGAGAAAGCAUUCGAUGGACACUUGAAUACUCCCGCUUUGGGUCCUCGAUUCUUUGCUGAUCAACCCAAUAUGGUUGAGGUGCUGGAAAAGAGGCUGAGUGCUUGUAGUGCGUAUUGGAAUGAAAAGGGGAAUGUCAGGCGUGCUGAAGAUGGCCCAGGUCGAUCACUUCCAGAACGUCUCGUCACGCUAUAUAAUGCUAUGGCUCUAUGGCUUCGAGAACAGGUACUCGUUAGCACUACGCAUAUAGAUUUGGCUCAGUUUGGUGAACGGCAUCUUGUAGGGAGACUUUCUGAUGUCGUUGGCGGUGCUGUAUUAGAAGAAGGCAGUGAACUAUGGACGGAUUAUAUACAGGUGGAUGCCUUACAGACUCGAUUGAAGUCUCUCAUAGUGACUUUAACCGUACCAUCGGCAUCACCACCUUCAACGCCAAUACUGUCGAGUAAAAGAGUUGUAAAUCCUGUGGAAUGGCACUCUGCACCACAUCCGCCACCAUUGUUGACGCUAAGGCCACCAGUAGUACAGCCAUUAUCAUCACUAAACGCGAAUACUGUUCAAACACAGUUUGACUCGGAUGUUGCUGUAAUACUUGAUAAAGCUUCAGCAUUCCGUACUCUGGUGACUAGUGCUGCUGAUGGAGAUAUCGAAUACGCCUCGCAUUUGCAACGUCUAUAUAUUCCAGAGACCAAGCGAGGUCGCGCUGAAAAGUCAUGUACCUCGAAAUGUCUCAGUCCAGCCAUUUUCGAGUACCGAUAUAGUGAUGUACGAGUAUCUAGUGAGGCCCGAGCACUAGUCCGAGAUAAUCGUAGUCGGGUCGAAGCUCUAAUGUCUAUUGAUGGUGUCGAACCAAAAGUCGUCGUGUCAUCUUUACGACUGGCACGUAUAGUCGAAUGGCUGCUAGACUAUGACGAUCACGAUCUGGCUGUGGAUUUGUUUUAUCGAACAGUGCAGGCUUCAGAGACAGGAGCUAAAGGAUUUCCACCUGCUCUGUUUAUACUGGAUCGUAUCAUAAAGUCUUUGGGUGGUCGAUUUGUUGUAUCGAGUCUGCUAGAAACGGAACGUGUCUUUAGUAUGCUCGUAAAUCCCGACCGAUGUAACGAGCUUUUGGAUGUGUUUAAUCCAGCAUCGACCAUCAAGGGUACUCGCUUUGUUGAAAUGUUUGAAGAAGUGGCAUCACAUCGAAAUCUACCAGACUCUGUCGCAGCGUCUGUGCUAGCUCGCUUUGAUAUCUUGCUAUGGGCAUCGAAAUGUAGUAGGGAAGAUCACUUGUUUAUGCUACGUCGACUCUUUGUCAUGUUGUGUAAUUCGCCAGCUGCUGAACGAUCCCAGGCCCAUCGUACCGCUCUCAGUAAUCUGCUGACUGUUGAUGUAUCGCUCGUCAUAGAAGCUGCAAAACUCAUGCUGCAGCAGUGCAUGACUGGAAAAUUGCCUCCUUCGAUAAUAACAACCGUGACUAGUGCAAUGUGUCGUCAACCAGUAGAUAGAGAUGUGCUCAAUACGGUGGCAACAAUCCCUAGUCGAUUGACGAGAUCUGAUUUGCUAGGAUUGGCAAGUAUUAUGGGAUGUGAGAUGGAGAAUUCCUUCUUCAGGUCGUCACCUAAGUCUACAAUGAAGAAGUCGAGUGACUUGUAUGCUACAAUGGCACCAUAUUUGGAAGUCUUGACAGAGUUUUUGAUUGCCAUCUUCUCUGCUGAUCGACUGUAUUCCAUAAUGUCGGAUAUACAUCUAGAUGAGAUUGCUGAUGUUAUACGUCAAGUUUGGCUUCCUUUCCUGUAUAUUGUCAAGGAAGCAGACUAUGCUACUCGUGGAGGAUGGCCGGCGACUCAUACUGAAGACGCCAAGAGGAUGCAGUCUUCAAUGGUGUCGCUCGCUACCAAAGUAUUUAGAAAUGCAGCUGCCUCUGAGCGUCUUUUGGUAUUCUUGUGGACUAUACAGGCUAUUGGUGUCUCUGCUGGCUGUCCAGUCAUGGAUGUCUUGUAUCGAGAAUUGAAGACAGUCUCGUGGUCUCAAUUCCAAAUCACAAAUAUGAUUGUAGAUCAAGUGUUGUUGUGGCAGGUCGAUGGUCUAUUCACGCUAGAACCUCAACGCUUUCUGGCUCAUAUCAUCAAUGACAGAGCAGAAUGGCCAUGUCUGAGUAUAACUCGUAUGAAUGGUAUUGCUAGUCCAAACCGAAGCAAGUUUCCAGAUACGGUCAUGGCAGCUGUACGCCUAUUCCUCAUAAUACUAGAAACCAGUUACGAAGCACAUCCUGCUCAAUCGAAUCGAGUCACGCUCUACAAGUCAUUGGAGACGGUUAUUGAUAACCAGGUAUCAUGGUCGAAUCUUGCUCCAGUACAGUAUCAAGAGUUGGUUAAUUGCCUUCCGAGUGUGUGGUCUGGUGGAGCAGUAGAUACCACUACAAUGACUGAGGAAACACGCCAUCAUCCGAUAUUAUUUGCUCUAAAGACGCUACGUACCAUGACUGGUCUCGAAAUGGUAGAAUCGAAUAUCGGAGCAGCAGAUCUCGAUAAUAGGUAUUCUAAACUUGGACUGUAUAUCGAAUAUGUCCUUGAUCUUGUAGCUGAAGCCAUGAAGUCUAGUACCAUUCGUAAAACGUUUGUGCCCUCACAGCUGAAUACCAUCAUAUCACAACUCGUCGACUUUACGGAAUCAACGCCAGCAUGUGAGGCACAAGGACAUGUAUUACGACAAGCCUAUCAACGUAUAUUUGCUCUGCUGAAUUCUUCGGAUCGAACAACAGGUGUAUUUGACUCGCUGUGGAAUGGUAUUCAGCACAUCGGACAGACAUGCAGAUCACCAUUAUUGCUACUCAGUAUCACAUGUGCCACGCUAGCAUCUGUCGAGCAUAUGGCUCAUAUGGUAGAAAUAUGCAUAGAACGCUAUCUCCAAUCUAGUCUUGCAGAAUCAGGAGAUGUCGCUUGGUACCAAAUAGCAUCGACUCUAGUCAUUCCUGAAUUGGACGCUGAAUCAUUUACUCGGACUUGUAUCGUCGGUGGUCUAGCAUUGACACUACAUGCUCAAGCUGUACAACGACUAAUCCAACAUACUCCAAUGUCGUUUGCAUCUCCUACAAGAAGUAGUAAAACAGCUGAUGGUGUAUCUGUAUUGAAACAUGCAGUCGCUACUGGUGAAUUAAUGGCAUCUUGGAUCUCGUCAUUCCGUGUCGACGCCAUUCGUGAAGGACGAGAGGGGAAGAUCUAUGUCUUACUAUAUCUCUUCUCGGAUCUCUUGGCUCUGGAAUCAGAGUCUGUAUCCAGUAAUGUCCAAUCCCACCAUUCUAGACUUGUAGCGUCCCUCGUCCCCGUAGCCGAUGCUCUUGCACGAUGGGGUGAGGAUCGAGCCACGAAUGGACUAUGGGGCACGCUAGGAAUGGGAGCGAAAUCCAAACUGUCUGUGGAGCUACGACUCUUUGCACGAUGCUGUGCCGUGUUUAUUGCUACACGUGGAAUGCUAGGUCUUGGUAGUGCUGCAAUGAUGACCAACACAGCAUCCAUGUCAUCCAGUAUCAUGAUGCAGCAGCCCUCGUCGGACGAUACGAAAAGUAGACUUAUAGCUAGUGUCAGUGAAUUGGUGCGCAGUCGCGAGUAUGAACGAUUUAGUGGGGUUAUUGAAUCUGCUGUUGCGAUAUUGCAGGAUGCUGGACGUGGGUUUGAGUCACUUGAACAGAUGGUUGAUGUGGUGGGGCGGGGAGUGUUUCCGAAUGAUAGUGGGAGGGUCUAUCAUGCCAGAUCGUAG